CUUCCAGGUGGCUGCCAAUUAGGACUCAUCAGUGAUGGGUUUAGGAAGACAGAGAAAGGGAUAAGUGUGGGUGGAGAUACUUUCUGGGGUCUUGGGAGAGGUUGUUUUUUUUUAAUUUUAUACAAGCUGACUGGAAAUUUUCCACAGGGAAGUUGUCCAGCAUCUACACAGAGAGCUACUGAUGGGAGAUCAAAACAUUAUUACAGAAGUCCCUGCAGCUUUAAAACGCCUGGCCAAAUACAUGGUGCGUGGCUUCUAUGGGGUUGAGUACUCGUUGGCCCUUGAUGUGUUGAUCAGAUACCCGUGUGUGAAGGAAGAUGCCUUGUUGCAGCUACUCAAGUAUGAACGCAAACAGCUGCGCACCAUCCUCAACACACUCAAGGCAGAUAAGUUCAUCAAAUUGCGCAUGAGAGUUGAAACCGGGCCGAACGGGAAGAGUACAAGGCACAAUUACUACUACAUCAACUACAAGGUGUUGGUGGAUGUAGUGAGGUACAAACUGGAUCACAUUCGCCGGAAGAUAGAAGCAGACGAGCGGGAUUCUACCACUAGGUCCUCUUUCAAGUGUCCAUCUUGCUUCAACACUUAUACAGACCUGGAGGUAAAUCAGCUGUUUGACACAUUCACAGAGACUUUUCGUUGCACCUACUGCAAUGCUGAAGUUGAGGAAGAUGGCUCGGCACUUCCCAAACGAGAUGCUAGAACCUUGCUAGCAAAAUUCAAUGAGCAGAUUGAGCCUAUCUAUGUGCUUCUGCAGGAAACUGAAGAUGUUGUUCUGCCAUACGAUUUGCUUGAGCCUCCGCCAACAGAAAUCCCAGAACUAUCAGAAAGCUUUGAUCAGAAGAUCUAUUCAAAUGUGUUGGACACCAAUAUCCGUCCCGAAAAAUGGGCCAACAAGAACUCGUCUCUCAGUGACAUGUAUGUCCAGAACUUAGUUAUUGAUGUCCAGGAUUCUGAACCUAAAAAAGAAAAAGAAAAGGUGGCCAAAGAACAACCUAUAUGGAUGUCCCAGAGUACUGUAGAAGAAGCGUCUUCAGCAGUUGAUACCAAUGCUGAAAUACCUAAAACUGAUGAGAACGUUAAGGAAAGCGUCGCUAAUAAUGAAGUAAUAAAGACUCUUCUCAUCCAUGAAUCAAAGUCAUCUUCUGGAACAAGGCAUGUGCCACCUCUUGCCCAAAGCAAAUGCCACGAGUCAGAAAGUGAUACCAGUGAAUCUGAGGAGGAUAUUAAGCAUGUCAAACCAGGAAAAGUGGUAGGCAGUGACUUAGAACAAGAGGAGCAGGAAACUGUGGAUCCUACUGUAAUGGUAGCUGGACAGCCCCACUUAUAUAGCGAAGUCAGUGAAAAUCCAGUGCUAGUGUCAUUUAUGACAGGGGAAGAGAGAGAAGCUUAUAUCAAAGUGGGACAGGAAAUGUUCCAGUCUGUCUUUGAAUAGUUGUUUUAAUACUUUACAUGCACAGCAUAUCUGUGUAACAUACAAUCUGUGCAUGGAAAGAAUUUGGGUUUGUUUGUUUGGGGAUUUUUUUUUUUUUGGUGAAUGUAGUGGAAUCUACAUCUAUUAUAAAUAUAUUUAUUUCUACAUAGCAAUGGAGAAAUGCUGCUGUUGAUUAUUGCUAUCUAGCAGAUGGUUUUGAGUGGCUCGUUUUCAAAUUUGACUAUGAAACCUAUCCAGAAACUUGUUUAAUUCAAGAUGCUGUGAAUCUACUUAAUUUACUUUGGAACUUUGAAUCAUUCUGUCUCAGCAACUAGUGUUGUUUCACUUAUUGGUAACAUGCAAAAUAACUGAAGGUCAGCAGUACUCGGGUAAGAGAGCCUAGCACAUCCAGGUGCAAGGGGUUAACCUGCAGUCUCCCAGCUCCUGAUCUGGAUGUUGCUUCCUUCACUGCUUCUGCUGCUUAGAAGCCUCAGGCUGUCCCUUCUCCAGCUUCCUACAGGGGGACUGCAUGAACCUGUGCAGCAUGGGGGUGGCUUGGAUGGCAUGCACGGUCCACUAGCUCAGUGCAGAGGGUAUACCUGCUGUACAGUGUUGCACACUGCCUAGGGGGUGUGCAGCCCACACAUGACCACACAGAUUCUGAUCCAAUGCUUCCCUUUUGAAAGGUAGGUAGAUUAAAUUAAACUUUCUUCACCAGAACUGGUGAAGCUUCUCUGUGAUGUAGCUGCAUUAAUAUGUUCAAUAACCUUCUGGAUUGGAUUGUGUAAUAUGGAGGCACGAAGGCUGUCAAAUAAGGAUGGCCUUAGAACAGAUCUGUUCUUGUAUUUCUCAGGUGUUUAUCUGAACAGGAAUCACAACUUUAAGUAAAGUGUGUUCAUAAUUAACUAAACACUCAAAACUCAAAAGUAAAUAAGAGGAACUAGUUGAACUCAUGCUUCGUUGCAAAUUAAUUUGAUUUUUUAAUAACUUUUUGUCAAUCAUCAUCAUCUUUCCUUCAUCCAUCAUUGCCUGUUUCAACUUCAAAAGUUUUCAGACUACCAUUUCCAUCUGACUUUGGUUGUAGAUUGUAAUUUAAGUUUUUGACAUGGGUGAGUUACCAGCUCUCCACGCUACUCCCAACCUGGAGGACCAGAUCAGAGUCCCCUUAGCUGACACUUUCACAGUUCCCUGGUCAACUUCAUGGCACUUCAACAAUGUAGCAAACAUUAAUAGAUGCACUGUAACUGGAAUUGAGGCCAUACUGAAUCUUGAGUGAAGUGUUUAUUAAACAGCCCUUCAUCAUUAUCUCACUAUGACUUGUGUGUAGGCCAGGGGCAGGCAAAACAUGACCUGCAGGUUGGAUCUGGCCUGUGGGUGGGCCCCCCAAAAUUGUGCCCUACCCAGUCCUUCCACCUAUGAGGGUGGGAGCAAGGCACCCCCAUGUACAUGCAGCCCCAACCAAACCCUACUGUUGGACUCCCACUAGUGUGGGCAGAAGGACCUGGCCAGCAGCUUCUAUGCAGGGCUGCUGCUGCCACAGCCCCCAGGACCUGCUUACUGCCCCAGUCUCCUGCUAGGUCCAGGCAGCAGGCAGGGCUGCAGCUAAGCCCACCCAGAGCAUUGGACUGGUGACAGCACAGUGCUUGUGUUCAGGGCAUGGCAGCAGUGCAGAGCUAGGGUGGGUGCAUGCAGGUGUGAGGGAGACUAGGGACAAUGGCUGUGCCCUCUGUAGUGCGCAGCCCCACACGAGGUGGAAGCAGGGUGCAGGUGCUCAGUGGGGCACAGCUCCAGCCAGCAUUGCACGUUGCAGCAAGAGGCACAAUCUCCACCCAGCUGCCUGCAUUGCUGGUGCUCCCUGCCACUUACAUGCAGCCCUUGCACUCCCACAGCAGGGAGGGAAGCCCCAUGUGCUGGAGCCAGGGCUGCACAGCACCACAGAGAAACUUGAGGAGCUAGCUGCCUUCCCUGCCUGGGGCUUGCCUUCCCUGCAGCAUAGUCCCUGUGGGGAAGGCAGCCAUCUCCAGCACCUGAGGUGCCUCUCUGGUGCUGCACAGCUCCAGCAAGGAAGGCAUCUGGCUCCACCGUGUGCUUGUACAAGGGCUGUGUGUGAAUGACAGGGAGUACCAGCAGUACAGGCAGCCAUGAGAAGGUUGCACCCCUCACUGUGAUGUGCAGCACUGGCUGGAGCCAUGUCCUACCAGGUGCCUGUGCCUUGAGCACCCUGCCUGCUACUGCACCAUCAGGGGAGUGGGGGGACCCCACAUACCCCCAACCUCCCUCACACCCACACCCUGCCCCCAUAAUUCCACACACAUACACAAUCCUGCACAUGCACCCCACAUACCCGCUCCCUCACAAUAUACAAAACUAAGAAUUUUUUUUGAGUUAUUAUGCAAU